CAUGAAAGCAAUAAAUGUUGGUAUUGAAACUAUAGAGAUUUAUUUUCCAAAGACUUAUGUUAACUAAGCAGAGUUAGGUACUAAAUAUUUAUAAGAUUUUAGAAUUAUUCGAUAACGUUUAAUAGGGUAAGUAUACGAUAGGAUUAGGAUAAGUAAAUAUGGCAUUUGUGAGACCUUUUGAAGAUGUAAAUACAAUGGCAUUGACAGGUAUGUUGAAAUUUAAAAGUUAGUGGUAACAAAUUUAUUAGAGAAAAAUUAAAUAAAUCCUGCAUUAAUAGGUAGAUUAGAAGUGGGUACAGAGUCAUUGUUGGAUAAAUCAAAAUCAACUAAAACUACUCUUAUGAGAUUAUUUGGUGAGAACACAAAUAUUGAGGGAGUGACUUCAAUUAAUGCCUGUUACGGAGGUACUAAUGCUUUAUUUAAUACAAUUAAUUGGAUGUAGAGUGAUGCUUGGGAUGGAAGAUUAGGAAUUGUUGUAUGUACUGAUAUAGCAGUUUAUGCUAAAGGAUCUGCUCGUACUACUGGAGGAGCAGGAGCAAUAGCUAUGUUAAUAGCUCCAAAUGCUACUUUUACAAUAGAACCAAUAAGAACAACUUAUAUGAAAGAUAAUUAUGAUUUUUAUAAGCCAAACUUUCAUAGUGAAUAUCCAACUGUAGAUGGUUAACUAUCAAUAUAGAGUUAUUUAUCAUCUAUCGAUAACUGUAUUCAAUCUUAUUUUAAGAAAAACAAAGAUUUGAAUGCAGAUUUUUAUUGUUUUCACAGUCCUUUUCAUAAAAUGGUUUAGAAAUCUUUUUUAAGAGUUAAAUUGAAUGAAUCUUUUGUUUAAAAAGUUGAAACUGGAUUCACAUUUGAAAAUUUUAAUGAAAAAUAGUCAUAGAUGCUUAAAUUCUAUUAAAAUGAUUGGCUUACUAAAGCUUUUCCAUCUUGUCUUUUAUCAAGAGAAUUAGGAAAUAUAUACACUGGUGCUUUAUAUGCAGGUUUAAUAAGUUUAAUUGAAACAUAAGAAGAUUUAAUAAAUAAAAGAAUAAUGAUGUUUUCAUAUGGAUCAGGUUGUGCAGCAUCCCUUUUCUUUUUAAAAUGUCACAAACCAACAGGAAUAUUGAAAAAAACAAUUAAAAUUUAAGAAAGACUAUAGUAAAGAAUAAGAAUAUCUUGUAUUGAAUAUGAUCAUAUUAUGCAAUAAAGAGAAAUCAAUUAUAAUAAACAUAGUUAAUAAUAUUAACCAAAAUAGGUUGAUUUAUAUCCUGGAACAUUUUAUUUGAAAUCUAUUGAUGAUAAAUAUAGAAGAGAUUAUCUUGUUCAUAAACCAUUAGAAUUGAAUUAAACCUCUGGUGUGAUAAUACUUGAUAAUUCUAAAUCAAUAAAUAAAAUUUAAUAAAUAAGAGAUUAAAUAAAUAAUAAUAAUUAGAGUGAUUAAAAUUUAUAAUAGUCUUAAAAAUAAUAUAAUUAAUUAUGGACUGGAUUUUAUAAGAAAACAAUAUAAUAAAGAUUGGAUUAAUUGGAAAAGACAAUGAAUGUAAAUGUAGAGCCAUUUAAAGAUGGAGGAUUAUCAUUAUAGAAUGCAAAUUUGAUGGUUGAAAAUUGUAUAGGAAAGAUAUCUUAUCCACUUGGAUUAGGAUUAAAUUUUUUAAUAAAUGGAUAAUGUUAUUCUGUUCCAAUGGCUAUUGAAGAGCCAUCAGUAAUAGCAGCAGCAAGUGCAGCAGCUAAAACAAUUAGUGAAGCAGGGGUUGGAUUUUAAACUUAUUCAAGUCGUCCUGUAAUGAUGGGUUAGAUCUAAUUACUAGAUGUAUAAAACUUUUCAAAAAUUGAAUGUUUAAUUGAUUCAAAUAGAUAAACAAUAAUAAAUAGAGGAAAUCAAGCAUGCUAGAGUAUGGUAAAAAGAGGAGGAGGAGUAGAAGAUGUGAAAUGUCGAAAUCUAGAUAAAGGUUAAUGUAGUGUAGAUGUUUUUAUAAAUGUAUGUGAUAGUAUGGGAGCAAACUUAGUUAACACAGUUUUAGAAUAUGUGGCCCCAUUGAUUUCUGAAAUUACUGGUACAAGAGUUGGAAUUAAAAUAUUAACUAAUUUGUGUAUGAAUAGAAAAGUUACAGCAUAAUUUAAUUUAGAUAUUGAUAAAAUGAAUUACAAAUAAUUUAAUGGAAAAGAAGUUGCUAAACUUAUGUUGGAAGCCUAUUAAUUUGCUGAACUUGAUAUAUAUAGAGCAGUAACUCAUAAUAAAGGUAUUAUAAAUGGGAUAGAGGCAGUAUGCAAUGCUACUGGUCAAGAUGCAAGAGCAGUUAAUGCAUCAUUACAUGGGUAUGCAUCGAUAAAUGGAUAAUAUAAACCACUUUCAACCUUUAGAAUAGUAAAUAAUCAAUUUAUUGGUGAAUUAACAGUACCAAUAAGUGUAGGAACUUAAGGAGGAGUCUUACCUUAAAAUCCUUUAUAUUCUUAAAUCUUAUCCAUUCUUGACUAUCCCGAUUCUUAAAAAUUGGCUGAAAUAAUUGUCUCAGUAGGGUUAGCAUCCAAUUUUGCAGCUUUAAGAGCUUUAUCUAUUGAAGGUAUUCAGAAAGGACAUAUGACAUUACAUGCAAGGAAUAUUGCUAUUGCAAGUGGCAUUCCAGAACAUUUAGUUGAUGAAGCUGUUCUAUUUAUGAAAAAUAGAAAUAAUUUUAGUAAAUAAACAGCCUUAGAAUUUCUUAAAGCUUAUAAUGUGUUCUAUGAAAUCGGAAAGGCAAAAGGUAAAUAAAUGAAAGCAUUCUGUACUUUUUCUGGCUCUUUUGAUUUGAUAGGCACAUAAGAAAAAGUAGAUUUACAUGUAGUCUUUGAAUGUGAUCAAAAUAAGAUUAACUUGAAUUAUACUGAUGAUUCUGCUAUCAAUAGAUAAAUAUUUGGUUUGAAAGGUUAAGAAUGGCUAAAGAAUCUCUUCUCUGUUUUGGACACUGUCAAAAUUAAUAGAGAAGCUGAAUUAUAUUAAUCCAAUAAUUUAACAUCCAAAUUAAAGCUUUUAGCUAUUUUGAUCAAUUUACUAUCUUUUAAUAUGUUAAGUCUUGAUUUUGAUAGAUCUAAAAAUUUCAUAUUGAAUUAGAAACCUUGUUUAGGAGGAGCUAUAUCUCUUAAAUAUGGAUUAUCACUCAUGAAUGAAUUAAUUCAUAUUUUUGAAUAUAAUAUCGAUUAAUUUGUUGGAUUUCCAUAAUUAAGAUAAGCCCUGAUGAAUGAAUUAAAUAACAUUAUUUUGGCUCACAUCAAAUCAUUUGAAUUAUUACAAUAAGCAAAACAAGGAUAAUUCAAUUUUGAGGAAUUCUUAUCCUCAAGAUAAAAAAGAUUAUCUUGUACAAUGAUGUUACUUUGUGAUUGUAUUUCCUUAAAGAAUUUCAAUCCUUCAAUUAUUGAAGAGAUUACAUUACUUGGAAGGAUCAUUGAGAUACAAAUGACUUUGACAAGAGAUACCUAAAAGUGGAAUAAGUAAAGUUAUUUUGUUAUUUUAAUAGAUCAACCUUAUCUGAGCCAAAUGCUUAUACCUAUUGGUUGAUUUCUAAUUAGAGUCUCAUUCUUGGAGAUAAUAAAGAAGUCCUGGCUUCAUUUUAUAAUGAACAUAAUAGAUUUUUGUUAUCUCUGGUUCAAGAAUUAGAAUAAAAAAUAUCUCCUCAAUUAAGUCAUCUGAAAGAUUAAGCGAUGAAUGCUAUUCAACUAUUUUAUAAACCGAGAUUGUGAUAAUU